AUGUCGCCUGUCGCGGCUCAGGCAGCGCGGGCCGCAAGGCACAGUGAGAAGAAAAGCCGUCCACCGGAAGUGCCUGUUUUGAACCUGGGGUCUUCCUCCCAGCAGCCAUCACGCUGCACUUGGCUGGGCUGGUGCAACCACCUCCGAGGAGUUUCGUCUCCCCUUCUGGGCUGUGCUCUCUGUCUCUUCCUCUUGGCUUGCCUCGCGCCCGGUCUGGACUGCCACACCCGCGCAACUGGUCGCCGACCCGCGUCGCUGCUGCCGCUUCUCUCUCCCGCUCAUGCACAGAAUGUGCCUUGGCUGCACUCCUCGUUCUGGACCUCGCCGAAUGGUGGCGAAAAGCUGGACAAGCCGCCCUCCACGUGGGCCGCCUGGUGGCCCGCGAGCGCGGAGACAGGAAACGGGAAAAAACCAACGGAGGCAGUGGACUUGGGUGAGGCAGAACAACGCGUUGUCGAGGUGCCGACCACGCCUGCUGGAUUCUUUUUCUUCCCCGAUUCCGGAGACAACACGGGGAAAGUCAACUGCAGCGUGGAACCUGCGACUUUCCCUGCGAACGCCAAGGACUUCGUCGUCCAGUGCCCCUCCACUGUUCAAACGGCGACUCUUCUGCUCCUCACGAGAAAGGAGAAAAGAACCUUUCGGAUCGCAGGCUCCUCCAUGUCAACGUCCAAGCUGGCGCUCCACUUCCCGUCAGCCCCCGCGGAGGCCCGCGAGGUGUCUCUGGAAAUCUGCGACGAGGACGGAGACGCGUCGCUGUCUCCCGCUGCCCUCAGCCUGCGGACGACGUUCUCGCUGUUCUCUCUGUUCUCUGGUCCCUCCUCAAGCUCACACUCGUCUUCUCAGGCCCGCGCCGACUCACUGACGCCCUUGCUGUCUCCACCGCGUCCUGUUGCCCCUUCCGCCGUCUGCCGCACUGUGUCGAUUCUCCCGGUACACCUUCCUGGGGCGGGCCUCGCGGCUCCGCGCCUCGCUCAACUAGCGGUGUCGCGCGGGGUGAAAGGUGUCCCCGCUCUGCAGCCGCCGUUCCACUCAGAGAUUCUCGAGUACCACGCGACUGUGCCAGAGGCGCAGGCUGUGACUGUGGCGGCUGUCGCGGCUCCGGGAACCUUUUUGACAGUUGCGGAGGAAGGAAGCUUUCCGGUCCCAGAAGCGAAGUCGAAAGACCCCCUCGUUGUCUCCAUUCAAGAGCACAAGACUUCGUUGCUGCAUAAGUUAACCUGCGGUGAUCCGGGAACAGUCGUUCGGUUGGUUUUUUCCGUCUUCUCGUCCGCUGCCGGCGAAGCGAGCUUGUGCAGUGGCGGCGCCAAGUGCGUGCUGAACGCGCUUGUGAAAAAAACGCUGAAUGCUGCGAAACUGGUCGCCAGCGGCUCCGAACCCGCCCGCUACCGGGUGUACAUACACUGCAUGUCGCCCACGGCCGGGCACGCGGCACUGGCGGGAAUUCAGCCAACGCGCGGUCAGUUGGUGCCGCGGAUCUUUUCGGCGGAAAAGCAUCUCUACUAUUUGCUUCUGCCUUCUGGAGUCAACGGAGACAAGGUGACCUUCCGCGCUGCAGACACGCAAACAGAAAUCUUCGUGGGGGAAGAAGGCCGCAGAAGAAGCAGCGGCGUCGCGGAAAACGUGCCCCUGCAGCUGGCGCUUGACGAGGAGUCACGGGUUGUGCCCAUUCGGACCUUGGCGCAAAAGAGAGGAACGAGGGACGAACAAGACGGGGAACUGUACUUUGUCGUCCUCGCUCGCGCAACAGAAUACCCAGGCAGCGCCGCUGACGCCGUCCAGCCCCUCUUGAAGAGCCUCAACCUUCUGGGCGCCAAACUUAACCGUCCAUUUGACCCAAGAGCGUUCCACUUCUCCGCAGAGGUACCUGUGGAUCGCAAGUUCGUCGGCCUCCAGCUCGAAGAGGCAGUGCCCGGCUCUCACAUCCGCGUUGAUGGCAACCUCUUGCUUCCUCGGCACCAGACAGCCUUUUACCGCCUGAGGCCCGGCGACACCCGGCGCAUCUCAAUCGCGCUGUCUCGUCCAGACAGCGAGGUUUUUACUAAAAACGCGAACGGCUCUCCCUUUGCUUUCGCCGAGAAGGGCACCGAGAAGAACAAACGGGAAGUGGUCUACACCAUCGAAGUCACCAGACGCACAGCCUGGUUCACUGGUGCCUCGCUGGUGCCACUUCUGGCGCAGGCGGCCUGCUGGGGCUCCGGCAUCGUCCACGCGUUCGCCGGAGCUGGCUGGCUGGCGGUGGCGAAGACACUUAACUUCGUUGCUAUCACUGCGGCCAUUCCAGGUACUCCCGAGAUGUGGACGACCUUUUCGAGCCGCUUCUUGGACUUUGGUCUUCAACUUUCGCCGCCCUCGAAUUGGAUCGAGGCCGUCGAUGAGUCUAUGCAGGGCCUCGCAGGCCCUCAGUUGCUUCCCUCUGCUGCUUCGCCUCUGGGCAAACUGGUCCCGGCCUCGUUCCUUGGAACUGUGGCCGCGCCUGUUGAGGCGAGUGGCACUGAGCAGAAGAGCUGGGCAGAAGUGUCGCGGCCUCUCCUGCGGUACCUAGAAAUCCAGAGCGACCGACGCGAGUUGAUGAAUCGCUUCGCUUCUUGCGUGCUUCUAUACGGGACACUGCUGCUCGUUUUCGUGUUUCUUCUCGCCCUCGUCCUUCUGCGUCGACUCUUCGAGCGGAGACACCGAGCAGCUCUCGACGCGUUCGCGGCGGCGCCCCUCGCUGAAGGACUCCAGGAAAAAGAAGGCCCCCCGAAAGCGCGCCUCAGCGAACCGACCAAGGGACUUUGGAGAUUCUUGCCCGAACAAAUCGCAGUGCCCACGAGCGUCUUGAUCUUCCUCUUCGACUACGGCCUCGUCUCGUUCGCGCAAGCGAGUGCAGGCCUUGCAUUUGCGGAGAAAACCAUGUCACUAAGAAUCUUCGGAGUCCGCUUCUCGCCGUGGUGCCUCUCUACAGUCUGUAGCGCACUCCUGGUCUUGUACCCGAUCACCUACUUGGUCUGGGUUCACAACACUCUCCGCUUCCUCAAAAAGAAAGUUGUCUUCUGCUCGCCGUUGCAGAAGUAUACAGACCGUCGAGUGUACGAGGUUAAAGCAUGGAUCUCGCGCUCCUCGUUUCUUCCACCUUGCCUUGAUGAGCUUUUCUCAGGAGAGCUCCGGUCCGUGGUGCCUAUCAAAGCGGCUAGUGGGUCGGGACUCUCUGGUGUUACUGUGCCACUCGAGGCUGUCGACAAGGCAGACGACGAAGACGCGUCGCACGCCUCCCGCAGAAGCUUCGCGUGUGGCGAUGGUAUGGCUCUAACCGCCAACGAGGAAGAACAAGCGUUGGCUUAUGUCUCUUCUUCGAGCUGUGAAGAACUGAGUGCAACCUGCGCUCAACACUACCACGCCUCGUUCGGCUCCGCGCUGCUGCCACCUGGCCUCCAGGGGCCGCGAGGGCGAGAAGAGCACGGUGUCGGAGAUGCUGAGUCUGGAUGGUAUCUCGGGCAAGAAACAGUGGAAGAAGCAGGAGGGAAAGGAGGCACAUGCCUCAUUCAAGCGAGAGAGGAGCUGCGGAGACAGCGAGACAUCGCAGGACAUGGCGAAAAAGAAAUCCUUCUUCAGCUUGAUGGAGAUGCGUAUGAGGUCCAUGACUACGAGCCCGCAAGUGCCAAUCUCUGCAGACAAUGGCCGCAUGCGUUGGUUGGACGCUUCAGCGUUAACUUGAGCGGAGAUUCCCACAGCGCAUCUUCUCGUUCGAGGGCUCUCUGCACUGAAGCUGAGAUUCACUUAUGCCACCUCUCGAGUUUGGCCUGGCUCUCGGCUGGCCUUCAGAAACCUUUGCACUUUUGGGUCCCCGCGAGAGGUCUGCAGCUAAGCUACGCCGACCGCUUCGCUCUGCUUCUUCCGCCUUCCGCCAGCGGCUACCCCCGUGAGCUGUUACACUUCCUCACCGUUCGGGGCUCCCUGGUUGGCGCCACUCUCCUCCUGAGUUUGAACUCCGCAUUUGGAGUAUCAGCGCUCUUCUCCUUUGCGCUGCUGCUGCUCGCAUGCGGCUUGAACCUCGCGGUAAAUCUUCCCGCGGCCUUGCAUCGGUCUGCAGAUAGGUGGCAGCGACGUGGUUUCGCGGGACAGCAGCGCGAGAGCGACGGCGGAGAGGCGAUGAGGGCAGAUCGAGAGCUGUUGGCAGACUUGGCAGCCACGCGCCUCUUGGAAAAAGCCGAUGCUGCUGAAGAAAGAACUCGAUUCGUCGCCGUCAAGGAGACACAGAAAACGGAACUGCGUGAGUUAAGGCGGUGGACCCCCUGGAACAGGUGUCACGCAGACGCAAGCUUACCUGCUGUCCAGUUCUGGGUCUCGAAAGCCCAACGCGUCGUGAGAUGGUUCCUCGAGCUCCGCUGCUGGCGCAGCAAGGCAGUCUUUGUGGCGACGGACCUUUUCAGGGGCCUCGUGGGGGCGGAACUGGCCAAGAUUGCCCUUCUCGUUCUUCUGUUGAGUUGCAACGACAGAGUGGGAGAGUCUCAGCUCCACGUUUCCGCGACGCUCGCGGGCGCGUGCCUGGUGGUCGUGGCCCUGAUUCUCCCCUCCACUGCUGAAAUUCGCAGAGCCGCGACUGCCUGGACGCAGUGGUUCGACGAAAUGAGACUUUUGGCUUUAGUGGGACUGUGCAGGGCCUCAGAGACACUUCGCAACUGGCGAUACUACGUUCAUCUUACUUCUUUUUAUUGCGGGCUGGUUGCGCAAUGGGUCUACUCAGUUAUCACUGCCAAUCGCCGCAGGGGGAAGCCUCUCAACCGGCGCUACCCGGUAGCUCCAGUUUACAUCACCUCUGAAGUGAAUCUCCCAGUGCAGCGGCUGCAUGUCGUCGUGCCGGAGACGGGUCUUCUCUUCACCGCGCCUGUCCCACAAACUCCCCCACGGUCAUUUGGGAAUACAUGUUUCUUCUCGUCAAUGUCUUCACUGCUUAGUCCAAAGACAACAAGCGUCGCUUACACUCCUCUCUCAGCGAGUAGACAUGGAGCAACCGACGCAUCCAGCGUUUGCGCUGUGCGACUCCGCAAGUGCCUAAUUCGCCUUGGACCUGUGGCUCAGGGCGUCGUGGGAGGAGCUCAUCUCCCUGUUCAGAUCGACGCGUCUCGCCUCCUGGACAGUCUCCAUGGGACCGCCCAAGGCUCCUGCACGGGCCAGCUGGUGGCCACGAUUCAGGUUGUGCACAAACCGAACUACCGGUACCCUUUGUACGACAAGGCGUUCUCGGCCUUGUCUUCUUUGUUGGCGCUGACAGAACAGAGACGCUCGUUCACUUGGGUGCGGCAGGUCCUGAACUCGACACGUCUGUCCUCGCCUUCUGGCGCUGAGACCGACUCGUACCUCUCGCUCUACACGGAUGAGGCGCUUGUGCCUCCCUGUGGAAGCCGUCUGCGAAACAGUUUGCUUCUCUCGUCAGAGGAAGAAGAACGGGCUCGUACGCAGGCGCCCAAAGCCGUUGUGGAAAAACUAGCUGCCGUCGUUCUCUUCGAGGCGUGGGGGGCGCGUAGGCAGCUGCGAAUUCUCUCGGACCACAUUCGCCUCGCGCACACCUACCAGGUGUCGUCCGUGGGGAAACGACCGACGGAGGCAGGUGGAGAGAACACGAGUGCCGAGACGAUUCAAGGAAACGGUGCUAAGUGCUACAUCAGUGGACGGCUCGAAGUCACACUCCCAACAGGCACGAAACCCGACUUGAGAGGCGAUAUCCUCAUCGUCCGACAGGGCCUACCGCCAGAGGAGUUCGUCGUCAACUCAGAGUCGGUCGCCAUUCAGUACGAUGAGUUGCUGAACCGUGUCCUCAUCAAGCACCGCGAACUACAGAGAGGAGCUACAUACGCCACACGCUUCUUUUCCUGCUCCGCCAUGGUCCCGCCUCCAUCAGCCCGCGUACAGGCGACUGAGAAGGGCAGACUUAUCGUUCCCUUGCCUGGCAACGCACUUCCCGAUCUUGACAACUUUCUCCUCCUGCUUUCGCCCGAAGAGCAGCCGGGUGUCAUCUUUGUCGUGGAUCCUGCACUGACAGAUGCUCACGUCUGUUUCAUUCCUGCUCUCCUCCCUCCGCCGCUCGCGUCCGGGGCCCUCGGGUCUUCAAGUGACAAUGGAAAGUCGCAUGCAUCAAACGACUGCGGAGGCUACACCAACGCCUUCAUCAGCAGCUGCAAGGGAAUGGUUCUUCGUGUUCUGGGGAGCGAGGAACGCGAGCAAAACUAUUUCUUGCCUCCUCUCCCUUGCACGCUUCUCAAGGAGCUGUCGGACGAGGCAGACGAUGAGGAAAGCGACCGGGGGAACUCCGAGAGUCUUGGAACCUUCAGAGUCGCACCCAAUUACAAACGACAGCGUCUGGCAUUUGCCGCAGAGCUAAACGAGAGGGACGCACUCCUUCAGGACCUGCUGGAGAACGGCGCGGUCGCCCUUCCAUUUGUGGCGGAGGCAGUCUUGUCUUCGUCGGAACUUAUGUCUUUCUUCUCUUCCCGUGGCAUUCACACAAACGGAGAAAGCAGCUGGAUCAACCCGCUGACGGACGGCGAGCACUCGGCCGUGAAGAAGUUCUCCCAGGAGCUGGACCACGUGAAAGCCGCUUUGAUUGACCUCCUGGCCACGCGUCUCGACAAAGAAAUUUGUUAUUUCCAGAUGUUGGUCGAAGACCUAGAGACUCUGGAGAAGAUGCACGGCGACUCCAUUCUUCGCGAUGCUGUGCAAGAACACGACGAGGCGAUCGAAAUGUGCAAGGGUAUGGAGGAACUCUCUUUCCUCAACACGAGGAUGGAGCAUGUCAGACGGGAACGCUACAAGACCCGCUUCUUUGAAGCGGUCUCUUUCCCUCUCGAGUUGGAAGGUUCGGCCAUUGCUCUUAAGCCUCGUCUCGCAGAUCAAAUGAGGCAGUGGGAAGAACAGUUGGGCCUCUGGCUCACAGGCGAGAUCGGCGCAACGACAGAAGACGCCAGCAAGGGCGGUCCCGGUCGUCUUGAAGCAACUGUUGACAGCAUUCUUCAGCACGCGUACAAGUGUCUUUACUCGCGAUCUCCGGCAGUGACCCGGUCGCGCGAGUCGGCUGCCUCGGGUUCUUCAGUCUUGCCGUCGCCAUCCCCAGUUCUUCACUUUGUCGUGAGCAGCUUGACUCUCUGUGGGGGGCCCUCGACCUGGCGCCCAGACCCUCUGCCUGCACACUCCGCAUUUGUCAAGCUCUGGGAGCGAGCUGAAGAAGAGGGAGAAAUAAAGGAGAGAGCCGUUUGGACCCCUUGCUUCCUCAAACUCACGGCAUCAGCUCUUCAAUUUGUCUUCCCGCACUUCAUCGUGCGGGCCCCCGAGUCGCCGGCGAAGCCUGAGUACCGGUUCCUUCCUCUGCAAUUCGUCAAGCUGUGCGACUUGUCAGUUUCAGCUCCGUCGGUUCUGGACAGCAAAGAGGAUGCGUUUGACGUCGGCCGAGCCCGGUGGGGCAGACAAGUCGAAGAAGAAUCCCCUCAACUCAGGACGCAGAACCUGAUGCUGCAGUUCACCACUGUCGAGGUACACGGGGCGACCGCCGUGGGCAAUGCGUCCACACUCGUCCUUCCGAGUGACUACCUUACACGCGCCGCUGCGUCGUGGUCUGAGUCACGCAAGUUCUUCUUCUUUUCUUCGGAUGACAGCCAGCGUUCUCUGGUGUCGGUUCGGGCAUCGGCGUGCCACAUGACGAAGUGGCAGACGAUGCUGGGUGGAGCGGACAUGCACAAGCCGAAGCAGCUCACUGACGGGUGUGCAUCUUUAGAUAUAUGCGUAAAAGCACGCAGGUACGGUUUCGUUUCCUGUGGCAAUGCUCUUCGAUUGCUCGGCAUAGAGGUCCUCACACUGUUUUUCUCCAACAUGAACCCUCGAAAACCGGCUAUGUGCGAGGGCAGGGUUCGCUACGUGCUCCCUUCCUUUUCUGCCUCUCGGCGCUCUGCGUCACUGGGUGCGUAUCACCUGCUGUUCACGAAUGAAGAAGGGGAGCUGCGAGCGCGACGUGGAGGGGCCUUUCUCCACCCUCGUCUCUUCAGCUCCUCCCCUCUGUUUUCGGUCUUCCACAAGACCCCCGUUGCAGCGCGCUGCUCUCAAGCGGCUGCCGCCUCGAGCUCUUUCUCCCCUCAGAGCCUUUCGUGCGUCACUCUCGCUGGAGGAGGUUCGAGGGUGGAGACAAGGCAGGAGGACCAGUGCCUGCGAGGGCAGUUUCUCGAGACACAGAAAGCAAAAGAAUCUGCCUUCUACGCCUCUUCGCUGACUUCCGAGCUCCUCAAAGACAGGGUCCAGGAAGAAGCGCAACCUGCCGGGAGGCCAGUGGAGACACACACCCCCCUCGACGAGCCCUCAGUACCGCUGCUGGUUCGAGGGGAGGAGCAGCGAUCGGACACGUUUCUGAAGCUCUCGACAGAUGCAAGAGAGAAGGGAGAAGGAGACAGGUCAGACGGGUCCCGUGCGCCGAGAGACCCCAGGGCGCCCGCGGGGCUCUCCGCCUUCGCUGCGGGCGAGUUGGUCAGAGAAGACGCCGGAGAGCAGAGUUUUUAUGACCAUUCUACGUCCCCUCCCAAAUUCUUGGGUAGAUACGUCGGUGAAUGGUCAAUGAGCCGCUACCACGGAGAGGGGCGACUCUUCAACCAACGUGACAGGCUUGUCUACGACGGAACAUGGGCGAAUGGGCGACGGUGGGGCGACGCCGUUGCGUACUCCAAGGACACGAACGGCACGUGGUGGAAGCAACACGGAACUUUCGUUGAUGACGAGAUGGAGGGGCUUGUGAGGCUCACCAUCGUGGACGAUGCAUCCUACGGCUUCGACCAGGAAGACGAACCCCGGGGCGCGACCAAGGACAGCAUUCGAAUCCUGGAAAUAGAGGGUGUCGUCGAAGCUGUACACCCGGGAGCUGAGAAACCUGCAAUUGCCACGUGCCUCCCGGCAGAAGCUUCAUGGACAUCGGAGAGGCAGCCAAGCAUCACGAAGGAGCGCGAAGCCGAGUACCUGCCCUUUCGUUCAAAGUGGGACAAACUUCUUGGGCCGUCCAUCGACCCGGAAGGCCAAACCCUUUGGGAUCGCCUUAAUCGAUCCUUUACUCGUAUCAAAUUCGUUGAUGGCUCCGAGUUCUUCAGAGCGUUGGGUGGGAACGCCCUGAAUGGCCUCAUCGCAGGUCGCCUAAGGACCAAGCAUUUCGUCUACGAAGGCUCUUUCGUGGAUGGCCGAGCAGAGGGAAGAGGCAAAAUUCGGAGCCUCCACACCGGCGCAGAAUACGAGGGCGAGUGGCGUGCCGGUCUCCGGCAUGGCAAGGGCGUUUUGCGACUUCCGAGGCCAACACCAGGAACUCAAAUAGUCAUCGCUGCAACAUUCAAGGACGGCUUCGCGUCUUGCUCAAGCGGCAAGAUCGAUCUGGAGCGCGUUUUGUUCGAAGACACAAAGGAAAUGGAAAGGCGAGUCGAGAGGGAUACGGUCCCCUUCACUUCGUACGUCGGGGGCCUUCACGAGGGGCUGCCUCACGGGACAGGCGUGAUGGUGUUUGACAACUUCAUCUACGAAGGUGACUUCUUUGCAGGCGGCAGAGAUGGCAGGGGUGUGGUGAAAGACAUCCGGAAAAAGGGUCUCACAAGAGUCGAUGGUCCGUGGAAAGACGAUGUGCCUCAUGGGCGCGUCAGCCGCGUAGUCUAUCCCGACGAUUCGAUUUAUGGCGGGGACUUCGUCCACGGAAAACGCGAGGGCCAUGGCAUUUUCAUGCGAAACAACAUGGUUGUCUACGACGGUUUGUGGCGAGACGAUGUCCCCGAUGGGCGUGGCACACUCGUCAAUGAAGAAGGCACAUAUGAAGGGGAAGUUUGCAGGGGCAAGAGACACGGAAAGGGCCGUUUCACCUUCUUCAGGGAAACAACCGACGCAGGCGAAAUCUGCUUCUACGAAGGCGACUGGGACAACGAUUUGCCCCACGGUGUCGGCAAACUCAGAAGUCCGUGCGGGAAAGAAGGAGCCUUCCUAUUUGUUCGGGGAUGCAUCGAUCCCAACCUCAAGACGAAGCGUGCUGACAAGGGCGGCGGCACACUCGAGCUUCCUUCUGUGGGGUGUUCGCCAUCGAUCAGCCCUAAUUCCGCCUGGUGGAAGGCAGGGACCUCGCGACUAAAUCGCAACCAUUUGAAGAGCACGCUCGAUGACGAGCACACGCGGUUUGGAAAUGUCUACGAAUCACAGACUUUCGCAUUCGGCGUGACACCCAAAGGUUGUCCGCUUCGCAGUAACUUGGGAGUGGCACUGCCAGUCCCUUUUCCUGAACUCCUCGAGUUGAACGAGGACAAAGGAACUCCGUUUGUCCUGCGAACCCCGUCCGGGCGUCGCAUCUCGUAA